CGCGCGGUGCCCGUCCUUCAGCUCACUUCGCGGCUCGCAGAUGUGGGGGCCCUUCGGGGCCCCUUGCGAAACUCGAUUCAGACUACUCUUGUGCUGUCGGGGUCUGGUCUUUGGCGGAUGGAAAGAUGUGGUAUGCCUGCAUCCACCGAUGAUGUUCUGUCCUUUUCGAUCUUGGUCCGUAUAUCAUCCUGCGCAAAUAAGUGAACUAUCGUGUCUCGUUUAUCAGGCCGUCGAAUCAUGGCGCGACUACAAUUUUGACGAAGGCGUCAAAGAUGCAGGGCGUCUUCUCGCGCAGGGUCAUGAAUCCCUGCCUGACGAGCUCCGCGUCGCGCAACUGAAGAGCACGGUCAGUUGGAUGCAGAUGGGCGAAUGCCAUGACGUACCCGGAACUCGUCAAUACGACGUCCGCGCGGUUCAUGUAUAAAUCAACGGUGCUCAUCGGGAAGUUGAUAAAGCGGAAGAAGUCGAACGGAAACUGUCCGACGACGUGAACAUUUGUGUCCACCACGGCGUCCAUUCUCUCUGAUAUGGCCAUGCACACGGAUCCAGCGGCCCUCCUCCGCGACGAGCACCAAGCUGCCCCGAUCCGUUCCCAGUCUCGCCGAAGCUGUGCAUCAAUGGCGCGGAAGAAUAUAUGCGCCCGUCUGGUUGUGUAAGUGUAGCUGACACACCG